UAACGACACCGUUCGGUGACGUGAUAGAUGAUUGGUUGUGUUAUUUUAUGAAACGUUUAGAAAAUCGGCCACGAAAAUACUGAUGGGUAUGUGGAUAAGAAUUGAACCGUUUAGACAAAGAGAAUUUUUUUUGAAAGUGAACGAAGGAACGAGGCUGAACGUCAUGCUAAUGGUAAUUGUUAAUGGUAAUGGUCGCGGUGGCGUUUGGCAUUGGCAUUAGUGGUAACGGUGUAAAAUCGUCGCUCACAUUUUUUUCUCUUCGAACGUAAAUCAUCCUCGGUCGCAAUUCCACCUUCCAAUUAUUAUAGCCGAUUCACAAUCGGGCGUUAUUACAUUUUUUUGUUUGGUCGAGUAUAACCUUACUUCCGGUGCGCGCGCGGAGGACGGAAUCGAUGGGCGAAUAUCGGAGAUUGCGUUAAAUUGAAUUUUUGCGAGGUGUAGUCGGAAUUCGUUUAUUGACGGGGGUCGCUCACCUCCGGAGUACCGGCCAUUUUUCAAUUACCGUUUAGAUUUCUCAUCGUCGUCCGCUCUUCUUCUCUUUUCCUCUUUUUCUUUUUUAAUACAUCAAUUCCUCUUUUUCUCUGUCACACUCCUAUUCUCGUUAUUUUUUCCUUCAAUGUUUGUCCGUUACUUUGUUCAUCCCUUUUUCGCCUCCGCUGCACCGCUGUCAGCGCCACUGCGGCGUCUCUUAGAACCACUUGGGACGUUCAUUCUGCUGCGAAGAAUCGCCGUCCUUCCUAAGAUCAACGUUUUCGAAAUUCAUCGGCGUGCAACGGAUGACGCGAUUAUCUGACAGAUCGCAUUAGAGGAGAAAGUCAAAAGGAAUGUAAGGAAGGAUGAAGCGAUUACGUAAACGCGUCAUGGCGGCUUUUUCGCCUGUCGUUAUAAAUAUGUAUGUAGCUACUUUGUAAUUAUUCUGUAAUAGUAGUGCGGUGUACAAUUUUUAUAUACGUAUGUAUAUCUAUAUCUAUACUCUCGCACACGUGUUGAGAGAAUGAGGGAGGAAGUACGGGUUUAUUUGGUACGGUAGCAGAGAAUAAAAGAAUGAGAUAUUUGCAAGGAAGGUGAGAGUUUUGAGAUUAGAGAGCCAGAGAGGGAGGGAGAUGAGAGAAUAUAAUAUAAUAUAUUGAUACGCAGAGACACGUGCCACGUAGAGGCACGUGGCAAUCGAGUAUCACAGUUUUGUAAAACACGAGUCACAUCACAUACAGCUCGUGCAUUAAUUGAUUGGCGUAAGUUUUUGCGCAGCACGUUGUUUUCCUACGUGUUAUUGGGAAAUUCGCUUAUCCGAUUUGCUCGAAGAUGUUCAGUCGGUGGGAAGGCUGGGUUGUUACGGUAAGAGCACGGGACUUGCGAGGAUAUAAAAAAUAUAUAAAAACGAAAUAAAAGAAUGUUGUAUGGAAAGCUUUAUAUAUACGUUGACCCUGAACAGUUUAUUUCAUCGACAAUUAUUUGUUUCUCCUUACGACGCAAUUUAUGGAAGGUGCAUAUUAAAGAUGCACGUAUGAAUCAUCUGAGUUGCCAGUACGUUUCUAUUUGUUUGCUUCUCUGUGUUUUCUGGAUAUUGGUACAUUUGUUGCCAUGACAACGGCUAGUGUUUAUCAAGAUGGCGCUGCGAUACAAAUAACAAGUUUGAAUCGAUGCACAUCGACAACGCCACGCGGUACGUCAUUUCAAUAUCAAUUAAUUCAAUGGCUAUCUUCUUUUCUCUCUCUUUGUCUGUAUCUACUGUUUGUCUUUCUUUUUCUCCUUGUGUUUCACAGUAUCAACGCUCAUCAAGUUAUCCGCUGGGCAUGUCCUUCUUCUAUGCCUCUAUCGCAUUCAAUUUCGAUUUCCGCCGUCUUGAAGUCACAAUUCCCACGAGCCCUUCACCAGGGGUAUCUUCAAAAUACAUUUCUUUUAUGGCGAAAUAUUAGACACGUCCAGUGCAAUCUGAUGUCACUGAUAGGCUUCAAAUAUUGACCAGAUAAACAGAUGAUAAUUUUCCUUUAAUAUUUGUUCAAUGGAUUAAUGGAUGUUAUAGUAGUCAUAUUGUUACACAGAUAAUAUAGGAUUUGUUAUGCUACAUUACACAAUUUUAUAUUCAUUGGAGUUAAUUUUGAUAGGUUUACUAAACUAUGACGAUGACUAUCACGAUAGCAGUUGUCGUUUAAUGAGUAUUUAUUGACACUUGACUGUGCAGUGAUUUUAGGUUAUUAGUUGCUUCGCAGAUACCCGUUACAUUGGAUAUUAUUUAUGAAAUCAGAAACAAGGUCUGAUUAUUGUGCGAUAAAUCAAUUAUGACUGAAUUAUGUUGAACAUAUCUAUAUGGCAUCUCUCGGGUGUCUACACGUGCAUCCACGCCGAAUAAGGUCUACAGAGACACCAUAUAGUAUAUUGGGUAACGUUAUUAGCGUAGUGCCAGCAGACAUUCCUGCAUUUCCUGGACGCAUGCGUUUUGUAAUCAGGAUCCAAGAUUUUUGCUGACCAGACGGCAUUCAGAUUUCAACUAGCGCGAUAACUACUACUCCAUUCAUGCGAAUUGCGGUUUAUUCGUCAGACCACAUGAGUAUCGUGAGUACCGGCUUAAAGCGCUGCUCGUGGAAGAAGUUUAUGAUUUCCAAGUAUAUUUUUUGCUGUUGAGAAAAGUCAGAAUUGAUCAAAUUGUCUGAAAAUUGAAUGGAAUGCUCAGUGGGUGCGCCUUUAUCGACCAUGACUACGAAUUUGCUGUUCUACAUAGCGUUGCAGUUCGCACCUGUCGUCAUUCUUGCAGAGUACGCCCGCCUAGGGAACUUCGAUUUGCCUAUGGAAAAGUCUUGUAUCGACUUUGAGGUUUCCGAUCUAGAGAAUUACAUUUCGAAAGUUAACUUCAUGGAAAUACCAACAGUCGAAGCAAUGGCCGCCGGAUUUAAGUGUCCUGUCAAUGCAUUGCCAUUCGGAGCAUUAAAGUCAGAUUGGUUGCGACUUUUACGACUGUACGAUGCUCAACCGGCGGGAUCUGUGCUCAAGGAGAAGUUGCCACGACUCUACAGACUCCUGGUACUCGCUUAUCAAACGAUGCCAGAGAAAGUUCCUGUGUUUACCGAAGAGCACGUCAGACAUACCAAUGAAUUUGUGAAUAGCACAGACAGUACGCCUAUCAUUUACGGAAGACAGCCUGAAGCUUCCGCUUUACCAGCAAGUCGAACUAUUUCCAUUAUUUCGGACUUGACGCAAAAUCAAAAUAGCCUAGAAUCGAAUAACGAAUUCAAGGGAACCACUUUGGAUCUGGAGGAAAGAUCUUUGAGAAAUACCAGGAAUACCGAUGACUAUGGUAUUUCCAAAAUAUCGUACACCCAGGAAUCUACAAGGAUUAGUGACGAAGGAUUCGAAGAAACUAGUGAAAUUGUUUCAAAAUUUCAAACGUCCGAAUCUACGAGGGAUUUUAAUCAGUAUCGUAGUAGUCCGUCUGUUCUUAUCAAAAAAUUGAAAACUACCGAUACUGAGAAUGACGUCGGGAGGAUAACGGAUGAGAUGAAAUCUCUUUCUAGUACUUCGGCUAUUGAUACGGAUAUAAGAAAGAAUGUUAUAGUAGAAAACGUACUUGAUAUCAGUAGCGUCUCAUUUACAGAGAAGAGUAAUGCUUUGGAUAACGUAGAUGGGGAAGCCAUUGCGACAACAAAGUGGAUUGAGGAGAUAACGAUGACCAGGAAGAGAGGAUAUCUCGGUACUGUUGAUAACGACGAUAAAGAGGAGGAUUUAACGAAUACGACUAUCAGUGGAAAUGAUAUAAUCAAUGAGACGAAUAUCCUGAUACUCGUUACGCCGGAUAAGCAGGAGGACAUUAAUGAAAAGAUAAAAGCAACGACGGACGGUAAAACUUUGAAAGAAAUGAUCAAACAGAACAAUUAUUUUGAUGCGGACAAUUUAACCGGAAGUACCAGUCCAAUCAGGGAAAAUCAAGUAAUAAAGUCUUUGGGUACAACGGUAACUGUACCUCCGGAUGAUAUUACAUCUUUAACUUUUGCUAGUAAUUAUAAAUACGAUAAGGAUCCAUCUAGCGGGAGUCCUCGAUACUAUUCUACGCCAUUAUUCCCAGCAAGUAAGAUAUAUUCAAUGACAGGAAGUGUACAAGAGGAAACUUCACGGACAACAGAAGGAAUCCCAAAGGACAAUGGGAGCAGAUCUACCUCUGGGGAGGAUUAUUAUUCGGAGGUUGACAGUAAAUAUAGUCCUGCUAGUAGUAGUUCCGAUGAGUUGGAUGUUUCCGGUAUCAAAACAGUAACCGAUGUUUCAUUGGAGGAUCCGCACACUUCCGGCGAGAGGAAAACAAUCACAAUGGAUACUGAAUUAACUGCGAAAGAGUUUGAGAAAUUUACGGUUGAAGAAUUGGUUACAGGGACUGUACCUGGUGUAAUAACAAGUCGGGAGAGCGAAGGUGAAUCCUUGAGCCAGAAUGCGUCAUCGGAAGUGUCUCUUAAGGAGGAACUGACGUCACCCAGAUGGCCCACGUACGAAUCGACGGACUUGAGUUAUUCCAGGACGGAAACGAUCCUCGCUGUGGGAUCUCAGGGAGCUGGGACUGGUUCAUCAAUCACUGGGAGCUUUUUCAGUCCUGGCUUGAAGGGAACUUCGCCAGGACUUACCGGAAGUGAUUUUACGUCGAGAACUUCUUCGAUUUCACCGAGCGAGGCGCUGGACUACUCUGAUGAGUCGACGACGAGUGUUCCUAGACUCGAUGAAAAAGUAUCAGAGAUGGAUUCUAAUGGAAUAGGAUAUUUCACGGAUAAUACCGGAAGCACGAUGAGUUCUUUCGACAUUAUCGAUAAAGAAUCUUCGCUUCCGUCUGAAGGAAUUCAAGUGGGUGACGUCAAUGAGCGGACGAAUAAGAGUCUAGAAACGAAAUCUGAGAUCACGACGUCGAAAUCUCUUACGGAAGUGAAAUACGUUACCUCGAAAAAUAAUCCGACGACGACAGUGACAUUUAAGGAAACGAAAGGAUCUGUUAAUCCAAGUACUCGUUUAUGGAGAAAUAAUUCUCAGAACUUUAAGACGAACAAUAACCAUCCACAAUUUUUCACGUCCAUCUCUCUUGGUCGCAACGUAACGGGAACCGGACAGGAAAGUAAAAAGAACAGAAAUGUGUUGCCUUUCGUUCUGAAAAAAGUACCCUCUCGAAACAUUCAAAGAUACCAAGGCACCCCACUAUCCAUCCUGACGUACAACGUUAAGCGUCCAGCUUCUUCAUCAACCCUGGACGAGAACGGCGAGGAGGUGGUGUUCGUUCCUCGAGGAUCAUCCGGGAUCAGAGUGCCGUUGCUCACGAGAAAAAGGAGCGAGUCGAAUGCAAACGUUGAGAGGCAAUACAGAUGGUUUUUCAAAGAAGGUGGAAAGCUAGACGAGAAUGAAAGGCGAAAACCACAAGACCUCCCAGAAAGAGUGAUACCAAUCGCGUGCAGAAACGAAGAAUAACCUGGAUCUUCAUCCGAUCUUCCUCCUGUUCUGAUCCUGAGAUCCUCUGUGGUAAUUCACACUUUAAUCGAAUAAACUGUGACAGGUAGAAUUAAAAUUAAACAUUCUACAAGAAUGUGUAAAAGCAAAUUAUAAACUAUGAAACGUCUUCAUUAAAUUCUUACAACAUUCUUAGUGUU